UUGUGUGAUUUUAUUUUAGCAUUCCAAUUGCGGUUAUUCAGGACCUUGCAUAGGAGCCAAGCAUCAGGAAGUGACGUGUCUUUCCCCCACCCCCCAACGCGUGCGGCAGUUGGAAUGGGAACCGGGCCCGCCCGGGCUCGAGCCAGCCUUGAACGGCCGUGAGUCAGAGCUGAGCGGCGUGGAGACAGCGGCUGUAACAUGAACAGGCAGGAGAUGGCGGACGAGGCUCUCUUCCAGCUCCUUCACACGGAGAUCGUUUCUUACGUUUAUAAAUCGGCUGAGCAAGGCGAGAUGGAAAGUGGAAGAUGUGUCACCAAAUUGGAAAACAUGGGAUUCAGAGUGGGACAAGGACUAAUUGAAAGAUUUACUAAAGAUACUGCACGAUUCAAAGAUGAACUGGAUGUCAUGAAAUUCAUUUGUAAAGAUUUUUGGACCAGUGUAUUUAAAAAACAGAUUGACAAUCUUCGGACUAAUCAUCAGGGUAUUUAUGUGCUCCAAGACAAUAAAUUCCGCCUCUUGACUCAGAUGUCUGCAGGGAAACAAUAUUUGGAACAUGCACCUAAGUAUUUGGCUUUUACUUGUGGACUAGUUCGAGGUGCAUUAUCGAACUUGGGAAUUAAAAGUAUUGUGACAGUGGAAGUUACUGCAAUGCCUGCAUGUAAAUUCCAAGUAAUGAUACAAAAGAUGUAGAAGAUAUCUUCACAAACACUCCAGUAUUAGCUUUGAAAAUCUAGAUGAUUUAAAACAAUGAAAGUAUUGUUAUUUCCUGUGAAAUAACAUGACAAUGAAUUUGUUUACAUGUUUGUCUUCAGCUGUGUUUAAGUUUUGUAACUUUUAAAUGGGACUUUAGUGAUCAUCAUCUAUCACUGCAUUGAUCAUCUGGCGGAAUAAAAAUUCACUUUAGAUUAGGUAAUAAAGUGGACUCCUAGUGUGUAUUCUGAUUUGUUUAUAGGGAUGUAACUAACUUGAUUUAUUUGUUUUACUUUGCAAUUCAUUUGGAAAAAACUUGUUAUUUUAUAUUUACUUUAUACAAUUAAAGUAAAAAUAAACUAACUGCAAGUGCAGAAAUUUAGAACAGAAUUAAAUUCUUAAAAUAUACAACACAUUUGCAACAUUUCAAGGCAGAACAAUUUUAGGUGAAGAUCCUUGGUCAGUUUAGAUAAAUUUUGAACUAGCCUGUUCAGGCAUGUUAUUAUGCACUUGUGGAGUAGUUGGGACUUGAACCACCUAGCCCAAGGUUGGGAAGCUACCAUUGUGCCAUAAGAGCCCUCCUUAUUUGGGGUCCAGUCCCAUUCCUGACAUACCUAUUGAGAUUGACACACUAGUACAGUACUGAUUAAAAUGUUGUAAUAGCAAAUAUGCUGUCUUUCAGAUGAGAUGAUGAGAUGAUGGAGUAAAUGAGAGCGGAAUCAUCACUGAUGUUUUAAAUUGCAUAUAAACAAAACUGCAUUUUGUUUUCUCAGAUACAGCCCCUAUCUUAAGAAUUCUGCAAAUAUUUCUCCUGAAAUGGGAAGACAUUUAAACCUGUUAGUAUGGAAGUGCUAAAUUUUACUAUGUACUCAGCAUGUUGUGCUGAAAAAAGGUAACUUAGGCUUAUAUGUACAGAAUAUGCAGAUAUAAUAAUUUGUAAUUUGGUAUCUGAGUACGAAACAGUAUUAGUCAAUAUAACUGUAAAAUUAUGGUGAGAUAACAAAUUGAAGAAUAGCUCUGUAUGUUUAAUAGUUCUCCGUCAUGUGUGCAACAAAACAAACUGUAGUUGUCCCCAUACCCCCACACAUUUAACCAGCUGAAGUAACCAUUGAUGUUGCCGAGUGGCAGUGGUUUUUGUUUUUGUUUCUCUUCUUGGCUAAAUCGAGCAUGUUAUUGUUAGUAACUGGCGUUUUCUUUUUCCACAGUCGUGGAUGAGGCCAAACUUUGGCCAAUCCUAAAUGCCCAGAGGGCAGUUAAGAGUCAGCAACAUUACCUAGUGUAACUCCAAACCUAUAGCAAAGAUGGCAGCUUCCUUCCUUAAAGGACAUUGUUUUUUUUUGCCGAUUGUUGGAGGAAUGUAUUGAUGCUCAUCAUUAGACUCUAAAUUCCAAAUUUUUAUUGAAUUCAAGUUCCACCAUCUGCUAUGGUGGGAUUUAAACCUGGAUCCCUGGACAUAACCUGGAAUUAACAGUCCAGUGAUUAACAUCACUAGACCAUCACCUCCCCUCAGCUUUCAUUACAAAGUAGUCAGGAAUUAUAACUGUAUGUACAGCUGAAGUAUGCAAGAGAAUAAAAAGAUAGAACCAGUUGUUCUGAACAAUUUCAAUGAACAAUUAACAUAUAAAAUAGGAGGAGGCGGCCAUUCAGUUCUUUGAGUCUGCUCUGCCAUUGAAUAUGAAAAUAGCUGAUCAUUUCAGUACCCGGUUCCUGCUUUCUCCCCAUGUCCUUUGAUUCCUUUAGCUCUAAGACCUUUAUCUAAUGCCUUCUUGAAAACACAUGCAACAACUUGGUCUUAACCAUUUUCUGUGGCAGAGAAUUCCACAAGCUCAUCAUCAUUCUUGGGAUGAUGAAUUUAUCAUGUAUACGAAGUGGCUGACUGCAUACACUUAAACUGUAAGACCCAGUUCUGGACUCCCUGGUCAUUGGGACCAUCCUUCCUGCAUUUACCCUGACCAGUCUGUUUAGAGUUUUGAGUUUCAGUGAAAUCUCCCAUCAUUUUUCUAAACUUCAUAGAAUGGAUUGGUUAAGACUACCUUCAAUCUCCAUCACAUAGUCCUGCCAUCCAUGGAAUCAGUCUGGUAAACCUUCGUUGCAUUCUGUCCAUAGCAAGAACACCCUUCCUCAAAGCAGACCAAAACUGCACACACUACUCCAGCUGUUGUCUCACCAAGGCCCUGUACAACUGCCUCAAAACAUCCCUACUCCUCUUCAAAUCCUCUUGCUAUGAAAUCUAACAUAUUUUCCUUGUACACUGCCUGCUGUACCUGCAUACUUACUGUGACUGGUCCACAAUGACACCCAGGUCUAGUUGCACCUCCCAUUUUCUCAACCUAUUUCCAUUCAGAUAAUCUGCCUUCCUUUUUUCUCUACCAAAGUGGAUAACUUCAUCUUUAACUACAUUAUAUUACAUUGCCAUACACUUGCCCGCUCGUUCAGUUUAUCCAAAUCUCUCAAACAUCCCUGUAUCCUCCUCUCAGUACACUCUUCCACCUACCUUUGUACUGUUUGCAAACUUGGAGAUAUUAUCUCUAAAUCAUGAAAAUAUAUUUUCAAGCACUGAUCCUCGAGUACCCCACUAGACACUGGUUGUCACUCUGAAGAAGGCUGUUUAUUCCUACUGUUUGUUUCUGUUUGCCAAUCAGUUCUCUCUCUCUGUCAGUAUACUGACUCCAAUCCCAUGCACUGUUUUUCAUACCUUUUUUAAAUAGUGGGGUUACGUUAGCUGCUGCCCAAUUCAAACUGUUUCAUACUCUCUCAAAUCUUGAAAAAUGACCACCAGUGCACUCUUUCGCGGAUUGUAUUGGUAAUGGAUGUAGAUUAUCGGGUGUUGGUGAGCUAUUGGCCUUUAAUUUCGCCAAUAUUUUCUCUACAAAUAUUUAAUUCCUUCAGUUCCCCCCCUCACUGGAUCUUGUAAUCUGACUGGUAUUGGGAUGCUAUUUGUUUGCUCCUUUUGUGAAGCCAGAACCAAAGUAUGUAUUUAACUGGUUUAUCAUGUUUUUUCCCAAUUAUAACUUCCUGUUUUCUACUGUAGGUUAAUAUCUGUUGAGAAUUAAGUAGACCAGGAAAAAAAAAUGACACUGCAAUCUAUGUUUAUUGUUCCUUUAUUUAGGCCAGCAUUGAGUAUAAAUAUGGUAUCUAGAAUUGAUUAAAAUGUAAUUCAUAUUUAUUUUAUCUUUGUGAGUUCACUUUCUAUAACUUGUAUAUACCAGACUAAUUGAUAAAUUCUAUAACUUGUCAGGUUUAAUGUAAUAUUUUGACUGGAUUGAAAACAUUAAUAAAAGGAUGAAAAAUACAUUGCUGUUUUUCCAACAUGCAAAUACUAAA